GUAGACGAAUUCCGUCUACGAUUAACUAAACUAGACGACAUAGUAAUCCUUAUCCUAUGUGCCCUGUACGUCGCUGUUUUUAUAGUAGGACUCAUUGGGAAUGCCGUGAUUGCUUAUUUCACUUCGAAAAAUAGAUUAUUCCCACACCAUUUACAACAGAAUCGUAUGUUGAUUAACCUGUGCAUCGCCGAUCUCAUGGUGAUUAUCGUUUGUUGCCCCACUACCAUCUACACAACUAUCAGCAAAGUAUGGACAUUCGGUUGGCUCUUGUGUAAAUUGUCUUCGUAUCUGCAAGGUGUGGCCGUUACAGCCGGGACCUUAUCUCUGGCAGCUCUCAGUUUAGAUCGUUACUUGAUCGUCUAUCGCAUCUCCACGUUUCGGAAGAUGAACAGGCGUAACUUAUCCCUUAUAUUGAUAACUACUAUUUGGAUAAUAGCAAUUUCUAUUCAUUGUCCCAUUCUGUAUGUUAAAACUACCCACGAAUUGAAGGUGGGAAAUUUGGAAGUUGCGUAUUGUUACGAGGAAUGGAAUGCCGAAAUAACAAGGCGUUUAUAUUCCAUAUCAAGUCUGAUCAUAGUUUAUGUGUUACCCUGCGUGACAUUGAUGAUAUGCCACGCAUCAAUUAGCUGUACCCUUUGCACGAUCGAUCGUAUUGAACCUAGAAAGCAAGCAUUAGCAAUGAGUGAUAUUAAAUCGGGGACGUCGUUUCGCAUGCAAACGUAUUGUAGUCAUGUUUCCGAGAAGGGAACAUCGAGUGGAAGAAUGGCAUCCGUAGUUUCUCUAGAACCGAACAGACAAACGUACACUCAGACAUUCCGCACUAGAAGGAGAUUAGCUAACGUGUUAAUGGGUCUCACUUUGUGUUUCGUGGCUUGUUGGUUACCGUAUAAUUUCGCUUCUGUUUAUAUGGAUUUGAACCCGAAUCAUAGUAUUGCCUCCCUUUUACCUUUUACGCUUCUAUUAGGUCACGCUCACAGUGCUAUUAACCCAAUUGUUUACUGGUUACUCAACAAAAGCGCUAGAAACAAAAUACAAAACGUCAUCAGGUUUCGUUCGUCAAUUGCUAAACAGUCACACUUAAUGCCUGUCAUGUGUUUUCGAUUUAAUAUGCCUACCUCCACCAGCACUGAUUUAGCAAUGAUGAAAUACCAACCCCGGCCUAAACAAUCAUCAAAUAUGUGCCUAUCAUACUAAAAACUGUGAAAUCCUCCGCACAUAUUUUUAAAUUCUAUUGUUAAAUGUAAAGUAUUGUGCUGCUGAGCCUACUUAAUGCUGUAAAUAAGUUAUAAAUUCGAUUAAUAAUCACGUCAGCUUAAUUUUCUUCCAGUAGAAACUUUUGUAUAUAUUCAUUAAACACGUCAGAAUCAAUUUGGUCCGUAACAAGCGUUAAAUGUCGUGAUCUUUGUCAUGUUUAUAUCAACGUAAAUUGAUAAAAUGCACAAUAACCUACCGAAUUUUAUUCAUUUUAAGUGUGAAUUUCUAUACGUGAAAUUAGGAUAUAUUUUAAUAUAUUAUGAAGUCUUGAAUUUUUUAAUAAACACUUAUAAUGGGGGACGAUACCAGAUCCUAUGGGUCUAAACGAGUUCCAAAUUGUUUAUAAAAUGUUUAAAAUUUUAACUCCUAAAUAGUGCCACCCUCGUAAAGUGCCAACGAAUACCCAUUAACACAGUAUCUGUGAAUAUACCAAGUGUACGAUUUUGCAUAGUAAAACGAGUCACACUCGAUUUAGCGCGAAUAUUGUGGCGCUAAAUCGAAGUUUGGCUGUACAUAUACCAUUUUAUGGAAGAAAUGUUUAUAUUUUAUUAAUCUAUACUUUGUAAUUAAAUUAGUUUUGAGUGUUAUCUAGUUAAUUCGUACUUAAAGCAUUUCGAUCUUACGUAAUUUAAGAUAAAACUACAACCAGGACAACACCGAAAAUGUAUUUUUAUGAAAGUCUGCAAUUAUUUUUUCUAAAUGUAAUUUUAUUUCUAUUUUCAAAAAGAAUAAACUAUGUUAACUGAAAUAAGUUUUAAUUAUUUUUAAUAUACGUUCUUGACUGAAAAUGAAUAAAACUAGAUAUUCCCCGCACCAACUGUUCAGAUGGCUCAAAUUCCCUACACUACAUUGUUCA